AUGCGACGGGCUCUAUUUACUGAGGAAGAAAUCCGGCUGGCAACAGAGCGUCGCCUGAAAUACCUAGGAGCCGCCAAAGUCAAUAUCUAUCAAAUUCAAUUCAAUCCCCCAUUGCCUCGCGACCUCGAUCCUAAGAACUUGGAUCGACUGCGUGAAGUCUUUCAUAAAAACCGAUGCCGCCGUCUGGAUGUCGACAAUCAUGUCCCUGCGACCGUGUCUCGGCAAGACCUUGCCGAUGCGCUGCGGCAGGCGUGGUUGCAGGUGACCUGA